AAGCGUCGACCGCCCGCCCGCAUGCCCACAGCGCGCAGCUUGCUCUCGCGGCGCUGGCUCCGCACCCGCCGCGCCCCGCAUGCUUCGGAGCCCGAGCCUGGACCCGGGACCAUGGAGCGCCGCCAGCGCGUCGCCCGCGCCCUCUCCUCCCCGGCGCGCGCGCAGCAGCCGCCCGCAGAUGAAGAGUCCCUCGAACGCGCCUUCCCCUCCACCGGCCACCUCGAGUACGUUCUGGCCGGCUCCUCACCGCCCGCCGAGAGCGCCCCCAACAUGUACGAUAGCUUCGAGGAGCCUCCCCUGGACCUAACUGCGCACAUAUGCGGCGACUCGUUGCGUCAGAGCGCACAUGAGCAGAUGCGCGCCGUCGGCGGCCGACUGCGACUCCUGGAUGAGCUCGAGUCGGGCGUCAUCACACCGGAAACCGCCCUUGACACCUUCACCAAUGCCACUGAAGCCGAAAGAAACGUUUGUCUGUUCUGGGCGGCGUUCCUCAAGCAGGACCAGCUGCUGCCGGCGCUAAUGGAGACGGGAGCGGAUCCGCUAUACUUCGACGCUCUGGGGCUCUCCUCGCUACACGCGGCGGCGUUCAGCGGGUCUUCAGAGUGCGCCAACUAUCUGCUAUCGUGCGGGGCUGAUCCCAAUUACAUGCCCCGCUGCUUCGCACCGCUCCAUUGUGCCGCGUUCGGGAAUUCAGUGCAAGUGGCUAAUUUACUAAUCAGUCGCGGGGCGUCCGUCCACGCGGCCGUCAAGUACGUCAAUUGUGAAGGAGGUUUGCUGCACUGCGCCGUGCGCGCCAACUCCGUCGAGUGCCUCAAGCUCUUUAUUUCGCACGGAAUAGACGUCAAUUUAAUAGAACCUGGCGGCACGAACGCGAUUCAUCUCGCCGCGGACCUGGGCAUGAUACAAUGUCUUGUCAUACUCUUGGACACUCCCGGGGCCGACCCUAAUGUCCGGACCAGAGUCGGAGAUAGAGAAUCAACGGCGUUACAUUUAGCGGCCGACGGCGGGUUCGCAGAUUGUGUCGACUUACUUCUUUCUAAAGGUGCCGAUGCGAGUUUAAAAAAUCAUCGUGGCUUCACGGCUCUGCAUUUGGCCGCGCGCUCAGCGAGCUUGGAGUGUGUUGAGUCAUUGUUGCGAAAAGGUAACGCUGAGCCUAACGCUAUGGACUUCGACAAGAGAUCGCCUCUCCAUGCCGCAAUAGGCAAGUCCGACAGUGCCUGUGAUAUUAUUGAAACUCUAAUAAGUUGGGGAGCGAAUGUCAACCAGAAAGAUGAGUACGGUUUCACACCUCUACAUCUGGCCGCUCUAGACGGCCUAUCUGCGUGUGUCGAAACUUUAAUUUACCACGGUGCCGACGUUACGACCAGAUCGAAAAAGGGUAAUUCUGCACUCAAUGUAAUUGCCCGCAAGACCCCAGCCUCGCUAGCUAUGGUAACAAGGAAACUAGAUUGCGCUAUCACGCUGCAUCAUUCACAGACAAGCAAUAGAGAAGUAGAAUUGGAACUCGACUUUCGCAGCAUACUCCAGCACUGCUACCCCCGAGAAAUAAGCUACCUUAACACCUUUGUAGAUGAGGGACAGAAGGAGGUGCUGCUCCAUCCAUUGUGCUCGGCAUUCCUUUACAUUAAAUGGGAGAAGAUUCGCAAGUACUACGUGGCGCGUCUGUUCCUGAGUUUUAUAUUUGUUUUGUGUCUCACUUUAUACGUCUUGACUGCGUUGGCUCACAACUGCUAUAACGGCAGCAAAGAUAUGGAAGAGACUAUUCAAGAACAAGAGCUUUGUCAAAAACAAUCGAUUCUUGGGGACUUAUUGAGGAAAAACCCGUUCGUAAUCGAAAUGCAAUGGUGGGUGCUAGCGGGAAUAACCAUUUUCGAGAUUUUCAGAAAGGUUUACGGCAUAGCUGGCUAUUCCACUGUCAAACAAUACCUGAUGCAGUCUGAGAACAUAAUAGAAUGGUUCGUCAUCGUGAGCGUAUUUCUCAUUUCGUAUAUUUAUACCAACAUAACUUACACGUGGCAAAAUCACGUCGGUGCGUUUGCGGUGCUCGCCGGGUGGACCAACCUUAUGAUGAUGAUCGGCCAACUGCCAGUGUUCGGUACUUACGUGGCCAUGUACCAAAAAGUCCAAAAAGAAUUUGCCAAACUUUUGAUGGCCUACUCUUGUAUAUUGAUCGGAUUUACAAUCAGUUUUUGCGUCAUAUUUCCGGAUUCCUCGUCAUUUGCUAAUCCAUUUAUGGGCUUUAUCACCGUUCUAACUAUGAUGAUUGGAGAAUUAAACCUAGAUUUACUGCUUAACGAACCUGAUGGUAAUGAUCCACCUGUAUUAUUGGAAUUUUCGGCUCAAAUUACAUACGUGUUGUUUCUUAUGUUUGUGACGGUUGUUUUGAUGAAUCUGCUGGUCGGUAUAGCUGUACACGAUAUACAAGGACUGAGGAAAACCGCCGGAUUGUCCAAGCUCGUGCGGCAAACGAAACUAAUAUCAUAUAUGGAAUUGGCAUUAUUCAACGGAUACUUGCCGAAAUGUCUUCUAAAAAUUUUACAUUCAUCAGCAUUAGUUUCCCCGCAAGCUUACAGAGUAGUACUGAGUGUAAAACCUUUAAAUCCGAGCGAGAAAAGAUUACCCAGAGAUAUAAUGAUGGCCGCUUACGAUAUAGCAAAAAUGAGGAAGCAGUACGGUCAUACAAUAUCUUCGAAUGGGUCUACUACAGGGACAUAUUCUUGCUUUAAAAAGUAUGAGAAUAAUAACGACUCGAGUUACAGGGAGUACGGAUACUCCGGCUUAGGCAGCCUUCAAGCGAGGCUGGAUGAGACCUCGGAGAAUGUGCGGCAGCUGACGCAGGAGGUGAGGGAGCUGAAGAAGUUGAUUAGCGCGCAGCAGCUGGUCAUCCAGCAGGCGCUGGCGGGCACAGCGCGGGACGGUGCGGGACGGCCGUUGAUCACGUAAUGCUCAGGACCGUUUAGUUUCAAUGCCAGCGGCGCGUGAGUCAAUAAACUAUAGCGACAAGCGGCGGGCAAGCGGUGUAAUAAUCUCUCGUUACGUGGUACCGUGGGCGGAUGAGAACUUAAAAUUUUUUGAAGUGUUGUUUAUUUUAUUUUU